AUGCUGGAAAGUUAUGACAAAUAUGAUUCGAACUUACAUCCUGAUGACCCUAAAAUAAGUAUCCCGAAGAAUCAAAUUGAAUUUAAACAAAGGGUUUUAAAAGGACCAUAUCAGCCAGUUUUAAAAAUUUUCCCAAGGACAACAUUUGGCAAUGCUAAUAAACAACGCAGUUUUCAGCAUUCUUGGUAUAAUUUGUUUCCUUGGCUAGAAUAUAGUCCAAAAGCAGACCUAGCAUUUUGCUUUCCGUGUCGAAUGUUUAAUGGUGCCACAGGACUUAACGCUGGGCAGAGUGAAAUAGUAUAUUCCAAAACAGGAUUUAAGAAUUGGAAAUCAGCUACAAUAAGAUUUAAUGUCCAUCAAAAAACUAAGGUUCAUUUAAAUAGUUCUUCAGCUUUAUCAAAUUUUUUGGAUUCCAAAUCUAUUGAUGUUGUUUUGGAUAAAACAUGUGAACAUAUUAACAGCCAAAAGGAGAUUCAACGACUAAAAAAUCGUGAAAUUGUAAAACGUAUUAUAGAUAUCAUACUUUGUAUAUCCAUCGGUGGUAAACCAUUGCGUGGACAUACAGAAAAAACAAAUGAUGUUCAUAAAGGUCUUUUUCUUGAUAUUGUUAGUCUUCUAAGUAAAUAUGAUUCAUUAUUUAAUGAACAUUUCAUUUCUGGACCAAAAAAUUGUUUGUACACAAGUAACCGCAUUCAAAACGAUUUGAUUUCAUCAAUUAAUUUAGUAAUUAGAAAACAGCUACAAGAUAUAAUAACCGAUAGAAAAAUUUCUUUAAUAGCUGAUGAGACAAGUGACAUUGGUCAUCAUGAGCAAUUAUCUAUUGUUUUACGCUACUUUGAUGAAACCAAAAAUUGUCCUAUUGAACAAUUUUUAUGUUUAAAACGAAUGACAUCGGUUGAUGCUCAAAGUAUUUUUGAUAAAAUGAGUGAUGUCGUUCAAGAAUAUGGAAUUAAAUGGGAAAAUGUGGUGUCAAUUUGUUUUGAUGGAGCAUCAACGAUGUCUGGGAGUACUGGAGGAGUGCAAGCAAAGUUUAAAGAAAAAAAUAACAAUUCAUUUUUUGUUCAUUGUUACGGACACUGUCUAAAUCUUGUUCUAGUAGAUUCUAUUGGGAGACAUAAUAUAGUCACUUUUGAUUUCUUCGGUAACAUACAACUAAUUUAUAAUUUCAUUGAAGGCAGCUGUACUCGGCAUGCAGUAUUGGAAAAAAUUGCCAACUUUACAAAUACAAAGUUAAAAACUUUAAAAUCAAUUUCUACCACAAGAUGGGCUUGCCGCUCAGAAGCCAUUAGUGCAAUAAAAGAAAAUUAUCCCUCAAUAUUAGCUGCAAUUGAAGAAAUUGUUGAUAAUACAAAACAAUCAGAUGUUCGAGCAAAAGGCAAGGGAAUUCUUCAUCAGAUGAAAACGUUUGAAUUUAUCUUUGCCAUGUUGAUGUUAGAUCCUAUUCUUUCUUCAAUAUUAAAAACAACAUUUGAUUUAAACUCUGAUAUGUUGAAAACAGAAAUUAAUCUUCUUAAACAUACAGAAAAUAUACCAAAAGGCGAGAAAAACAAAUGCGGCGAUUGGAUAAAUUGGCUUACACAAUCCAACUACGGAAGGGAAACUAUAUUUUGUAAUGUUUUUAAAGCAUUGAAAACAUUUAUGGUUAUACCAGUAACGAGCUGUUCUUGCGAACGGUCAUUUUCCAAGCUCAGUAUUGUGAAAACUAAGUUACGCAGUACCAUGAGACAGGAUCGAUUGAAUAGUCUGCUUACAAUAUUUAUUGAGCAAGAACUUGCUUCUGGUAUAAACAUUGAUGAUGUAAUUGAUACAUUCAAAAAUCUUACUCCCGUGGACAGAAGGAUGGAGUUGUAA